AAAAAAGACACACCAAACUGCUCGGCCAACUCUGUGGUUUGCGGCGGGUCUGCUCGGCGACCAUGGCUUUUUUCAAAGACAGCUUCAGCAAGUUGGUGGAUGCAGUCAACCAGGUCAAGGGCCCCAAGACUGAAGGCUAUCGGGGUCAGCUGUGUGCCGAGAAGCUGGAGCUGGUGGAUGAAGGUCUUUUGGGUUUGGGCGCGGUCCCUGAAACCCUGACCUCUUCGUCUUCCGCGGUGGCCUUUGCCACCAACGCUGGGCAUGUGCGCGUCAUUGCUCAGGAUUUGGACGUGACUUUGAGAAAUCCAGCUGCACCAGUACAGCCCCAACUCUUGCUGCUCCCCAGGCCGGGCCUCGUCCUUUUGAUUGGCGUCUCGGCACGGGUGGCCUGCAGCGAGAACGAUCCACCGAAGUCCACCUGGAUCGCACAGUGGUGGGACUUGGCCGACGCAUCACCGGUGGCGCAAGCAGCGCAGGCGCCACCCGCCGCGGCCGAGCUGCGCUUUGCGGUGCGCGCCUGCGACGUGUGCGUGGCGGAGCAGUUGGUCUUCUUGGGCACCGAGGAGGGCGACGUGCGAGUCUUCGACGUUGGAGAGCGUGUGCACUUGGCCUCUUACUGCGUUCCCGGUCUGAGUGCCUUCCGCGCGGCGCAGCCCUCGCCCGUGUGUGCCCUUGCAGCGGAGGGGUCGGCGGAGCUGCUGGUGGCCAAUGGCGCCGGUGGCCUGCUGCUGUGGUCCUUCGAAAAGCAUCGCGUGGUGCGGAGCUUUGACUCCACAAGUCCAAUCACUUCAAUUCUUUGGUGUCCCAAGGGUACGCACUUCGUGGCCGCUUCGCAGCAUGACUUGGGCCUUUUCGCGCGCGGCAGCUCCAGUGCUUUGGCACGCUUCACGUGGCCCACGCGCGGCGACGCGGCGGGACUGGCCGGCGCACGGCUGCUGCACUGGGAGGAGAGUGAGGCUCCUGCUCCUGCGACCAGUUCCACCUUCGGACACCUCUACCUGCGCGCCGCCCAGAGGGGGCCACUGCAGCGCUGGUCGGGAGACAACUGGACGGUCGUGGACACGCUGCUCCCCGACGUCCUGGCGGCCACGCGCGGACCUGCGACGCUCGCGAACCUCGGAGCUCUGGGAGGUUCGUCGGAGCUCAGCUGCGAGGGGCCUGUGUUUCUGGCCUUGCAGCCGAAUCGCCUGAUGGCUGUGCAGCGAAAGAGUUGGCCCAUUACCUGGCAGUCUUUGCCCUUGGUGGACGUGACUUCCCUCGAGCUCCUCCCCAGCAGCAGCCUUGCGAGUCCGCCGAAGCCGGCGCCGAGUCCCGUACCGGCGGAGCCGGUGCCCGGCAGCGAGUCCGGGCGUCGGUGGGCGGUGAAGGAUGGAGAGCUGCAGGAGGGUGUCACGUGCAGCCCAGAGGGGGAAGUACCCAGCGACGAUGGCUGGUUCAUUUGCAGCGGCCCAGAGCAGCCGGAGGAGCCAGAGGCACUCCAGUGGCAGCUGGAGGUCGAUGCCGGGGAGGUGCACGGCGAGAUCAGCUUCGGCCUGGACGCCAAGGUGGAGCUCCGAUUGGGCGAGCUGGUCUUGCGCUUCGACCUGGCAGAGCAAGGCCUCGCCUGGGAGAACAACGACCAGUCGCCGCGCUCGGAGCAUGUGGAGUUGGACUUGGCGCCGGGGACCAGCCACACGGUCAAGGCACACUUUGAGGAGCUGGGCACCGAGAACGGUUUGUUCAGCUUGGAAGUGGAUGAGGUGCCUUUGCCAUUGCCAUGUCCAAGAUCACCUCUUGAAGUGCUGGAGUGGCGCUGUCGCGAAGGCGAACUCCGUGUGCGCCAUCUCUAUGCUGAUCCCCUCGAGCCAGAGCCGGAUAGGGCGCUCGAGCCGGAGACGGCGCUAGCAGAGCCCAUGGACGCGGUGGCGACACCGGUGGAGUGGGUGCAGCAGAUGUGGGCCCUACACCAGGUGCACUUGCAGAGCUUCCUGCAGGGCACCCACGAAGCGACCGGGCCACCGGCCGAGCUGGCAGCAGAACUCUCACUGGAGGAUGCUGAGGGCUUGUGGGCCAGUGGUCAUGGUGAUGGGACGCUUCGCAUUUGGCUACGACGUCGGUCGUCCCUGGUGCUGCUCCACGUGCUCUCGGUCUCUCCCCCGGCGACGCCCUACGCCUGGCGCCCGCGCUACGACGUGGCGACCGCGGCGCCGGCGACGUCCAGCGGGGACGUCGUAGACCAGCUGGUCUACGACGGCAUAGACGCUGCGCCUGCCUUUGCGACCACCUCGGACGACCUUGUGGGGGGCAUCAGUGCCGUGGCUUUGGCCCCCAUGGCCGCAGCCGUGGCGGCGGGGACCGGCGGGGGCGAAGUGCUGUGCUUCUUGUGGCGCCCCAGCUGGAGCAAGCUGACCAACUCCGAGGCGGCCGAGUGGCGUGUCCAAAGCUUGCUUGCCAAGUCGGAGUCAGACGAUGGCUCAGCCGACUGCCCCGCGCCCACCGACCUCCACACGUACGGCUUUGUGUGUGCCAUGCGCCUGCGACAGCAUCAGGUGGGCAUCAAUCAUCUGAAGCUCCUCGCGGACGGGUCUUCUGCCCCGCGCUUGCUGCUGUGCUCCAGCGAUGCCGCCGGGGUCUUGUGCAUCACCGACGGCCUCAACGGGCAGAUGCUGUUUGCGUCGUCCUUCGCCAUCGGCAACCGCUCCAGCGGCCCGGCGCCACCGCCGGAGACAGUGGAAGCUGUGGACUUCUCCAGUUGCAUCCUCCAAGCUGCAACAGCUUCCGCGACAGGGCGUGAACACGAGGCCGUGCGCCUAUCGCCAACUCCCCCCAACGAUCCAAAUGGACCACCUGGGCAAUCCACUGGUGCUGUGCUGGUGGCCUUGUCCAGCGGACAGCUGCGACAGCUGGCCGCCCACGCGGCGGAGUUCCGGCUGCUGGACAGCCGCAUCCGCGAGACGCGGCUUCCGCAGCUGCUGGGCGGCUGUGGCCGUGUGCUGCUGCUGAAGCUCACGGAGGCCUUUCUGCUGGUGGUGCAGGCCACUGGCGCUAGCCUCUUCACACGAGACCGCUCGGACCAGCUACAACUGGUGUCUUCGGGACAGGCCAGGUUCUCAAAGCGUGCCAUGUGCGCGGAGCUCUGCGAGAUGGCUGGAGAGAGCUGUUUCUUUACCUUCUGUGGGGACACCCUGGAGCUUUGGGCCUUGCCUGGCCUCCAUUUGGUGGCCUCUCUCCCGCUGCAUCGAGACGCAGCGCGAGUGGAUGCAGGCUACCUGUGCCCUAACGGCCUCAUGCUGCUCCGCAGCCGUUCCGGGCACCAUUUGCGCCUUUGCGGCCUGGCCGGGAACCCCGUCGCGGUCGCGCCGAAGGCUGCGUGGAGGUCUGCAGCGCUCGCGGAGGCCUUGGGAGGCAAGGACGAGUCCUCGCUCCCCGCUGCUGCGGCGACAAGCACUGGCAGCCAGAGCAGCGGCAUGUUCGGUCACGCCAUGGCGCUGCUCCGCGGCGAGGCGGACCGCGGCGGUCCCCCGCUACGCGCGGUGCUCCUGGGCGAGCGAGCCCGACCGGCGGAGGUGGACGGCGACCGCGCGGACCAGCUGCGCGGACUGCCUCCAGCCUGGCGCGACCUCCGUCCCAAAGAUCCACCGGCGCGGGCGGGCACCGCAGCGGGCACCGCAGCCAGUGCGGCGGGCGCGGCCAAAGGUGCCGCGCCGGCUGAGCGUGCAGCAGCCAAUGUGAGAGAUGAGCUGGCGCAGACCACCCAGCGCGCCCUGGAGCGGGGUGAGAAGAUGAACAGCCUGGCCAACCGUUCGCAGCGCAUGGCCGAGGACGCCGACGAGUUUCUGAAUUUGGCCAAGCAGAUCAAUGCGCGGCAGAACCGAUGGUUUUGAAAGAAAAAGGUCCGAAGCGACCGCGGGGUCCCAGACAGGCAAGAGACUAGCUAGAGUCGGAGUCAGAGUGCAAGUGAUACAAACCCCAGGAAAUAUACGUCAGGUACUUGAUGGCUUUUAUAAGAUGC